GUGAAUAUUUCUGUCUUAAAAAUAAUAAACGUCGUGUAAGAAAAGAAAAAUGCAGAAAGGCCCACACCAAACUAGUAUGGACUUAAAAUUAACCCAUAAACCCAGAGCAUAGGCAUUAGGGCCUUGUUGUUGGUGGCUAACGGUAGCUUCUACGGUGGCAGAGGCCGAAUUGAGGGACGGCGGUUUCUGCCGGUGACUGUUUGAGUAUGGCAGAGCAAGUGGAGAAAGCAAGUGCGGUCCUUAAACAUUAGUUGUUGUGUUGUGUUUCUGUUUACCAAGUAAUUAGGAUAAAAGUGAGGCUGAGUAUAUCUAGUGCUCCUUCUUACAAUUCUUAUCUUGACACUCUGAAUGCACAGAUUUUUAUCGACUUCGUUGAGAUUCAUCUACACACAAUUGCUGAUGGUUGAAGAUGCUUGCAAUACGAAAGCUCAAAACAGGACCUGAUUUCCCUUUUGUUUUAUGUGUCAUGGUUGCUAAUUGCAAUUAUGGCACAGCUCAAGUUUUCAAUAACAGAAGUGUCCAGUUUAUUGCAAAGUCUGUUAGCCCUUAUUUAGCCAACUCAUGUUCGCAAGCAUUUCUGCUGGGAUCAGAGAAUAAAUUUACUUUUCAAGGACGAUAUUUCUCUAGUGUGGCCGAAAGAAUCCUAGUCCAGGCUCGAGACCCAGCCAAAGUUAGUUUGGAAAUUCUAAAUGCUAUCAGUGCGAAUCAAUUAGAUUAUUCAUGGAAAUUAUUUGAACAGCAUAUGCACAUGGAGGGAUUUCCCAGAAAAUCUGUUGUCAGCAAGCUGGUAACAAGUUAUGUGGACAGCCUUGAUAAGCAAUGGCUGGGAAGAGCUUACGAAUUGGUGGAACGUGCUAUUGAGGAAGGUAAACAAGACUUGUUAGAAAAAGAGGUGCUUAUCUACCUUAGCUUUGGCCUUGCAAAAGCUGGACUACCAGUUCCUGCAUCAACCAUUUUAAGAAAGAUUAUAGACAUGGAGCAUUUCCCCCCAGUCACUGCUUGGUCUGCAGUUUUGGCACACAUGUCUCAAACAGCAGAUGGAAGUUACCUUGCUGCUGAGUUGAUUCUUGAAAUAGGUUAUUUGUUCCAAAACAAUAGAGUAGAUCCACGUAAAAAGAGCAAUGCCCCUCUGAUAGCCAUGAAGCCAAAUACUGCUGCUUUUAGCAUUGCUUUGGCAGGGUGUCUCUUAUUUGAGACAUCUAGGAAGGCAGAGCAGCUUCUAGAUAUGAUGCCUCGAAUCGGUGUGAAAACUGAUUCAAACUUACUGAUAAUAAUGGCCAGUGUGUAUGAGACUAAUGGCCGAAGAGAAGAGCUCAAGAAGCUGCAAAGACAUAUAGAGGAAGCUCCAAAUCUAACUGAUUUACAGUUCCGACAGUUCUAUAAUUGUUUGCUGACAUGCCAUCUGAAAUUUGGGGAUCUAGAUUCUGCCUCAAACAUGGUUUUGGAAAUGCUUAGGAAAGCAAAGGAAGCAAGAAAUUCCCUUGCAGGUGCCAAAUUUAUGAUAAAUGCUACUGAAAUUGAUCAUAACUAUUCUCCAGGACUGGCUUCUGUGCCUAGUUUCAACAACAGUAAAGGUUUAGAUAGUUUAGAGAAUAACAGGCCACUUAGAAAUGCUGUAUUUUCGUAUGAGGAGUUCUCUAAAGAUAGAAACUUCUCAAAACUUCAAGCAGAGUCAAAUAUCGUACUUGGUUCUUUAUUAGCUAAGUUGCAGACACAGGUGGACUUGAUUACAACCAAACAUGGUAUACUGCAACCUACUGAAACAAUUUAUGUGAAAUUAGUUAAAGCUUUUCUAGAAGCUGGCAAGACCAAGGAUUUAGCAGAUUUUCUUCUCAAGGCCGAAAGAGAAGAUUCCCCAUUUUCCAAUGACAAUUCCACCUUGGUUCGUGUUAUUAAUUCAUGCAUUUCACUUGGAUGGCUGGAUCAGGCACAUGAUCUCCUUGACGAGAUGCGUCUAGCUGGAGUUAGAACUGGUUCAUCUGUAUAUGCCUCUCUUCUUAAAGCAUAUUGUCGAGCAAAUAGGGCUGCAGAUGUCAAAUCACUUCUGAGAGACGCUAGAAAAGCUGGUAUUCAGCUUGACUCAAGCUCUUAUGAGGCAAUGAUCCAAUCCAGGGUGCUCCAGCAAGACACACAAGGAGCACUCCAACUAUUUAAAGAGAUGAAAGGAGCUAGAAUUCCAAAGGUCACUCAACAAAACUCUUGUAUGCUGGCUAAAAGUGGCGCAGAAUCAGAUAAAGCUGAGCUAAUGACCGAGCUGUUGCAGGAAAUCAAGGAAGGACAGAGAGUGGAUUAUGGAGUUCAUGAUUGGAAUAACGUAAUCCAUUUUUUUUGUAAGAAGAGACUAAUGCAAGAUGCAGAAAAGGCUCUAAAGAAGAUGAGAAGCUUAGGCCACUUCCCAAAUGCGCAAACUUUCCAUUCUAUGGUUACUGGGUAUGCUGCAAUUGGAGGGAAAUAUCAAGAGGUAACAGAGCUGUGGGGUGAGAUGAAAGCUCUUGCUUCUUCUAUCUCCAUGAAGUUUGAUCAGGAACUUCUCGAUUCCGUGCUGUAUACAUUUGUGAGGGGUGGAUUCUUUGUUCGAGCCAAUGAAGUUGUGGCAAUGAUGGAAAAAGGAAACAUGUUUGUUGACAAGUACAAGUACCGAAUGCUAUUCUUGAAAUAUCAUAAAACACUUUACAAAGGCAAGUCUCCGAAAUUUCAAACAGAAUCCCAACUAAACAAAAGGGAAGCAGUCCUGGCUUUCAAAAGGUGGAUAGGCUUGACUUGAGAAUAUUAUCAGCCAAUUAUUAGUUCUUGCAAGUCUCAGGCCUCAUCUCCAUGACUUAGGUUAGGGGCUGUUGAAUUUUCAUUUUCUUUCUUUUUCUCAUUUAGAUUUAUAGGGUAAAAACUAAUGUCCUACCAAUGUGAAUAAAAUAAAACAUUAUUUUAUGUUAAAUAUUAGAUUUAAGUUAU